AUGACAUCCCUCGAUCAACCGCAGCGGCAGCCGCCGCCUAUCCCUUCAAACAAUGCACAGCUGCCAACCACAACAAGAUCGCGGCAGGGGUCUUCUGCAACCGAGAAGUUCUACUAUCCAGCUCCACGACGGCGACGGGGUAAUUCAAAUGCUUCAACAGUUAUGACGACGACAAACGCUUCGUUACAUUCCCAUUCGAAUACCAACAUCCCAUUGUCCUAUGCUCCCUCGAUACAGUCCCACGCCUCGACAUCUUCCCAGGCUGGCGGGCCAACUCCUACCGGACAAAAUAGACCUUUUCCUUUGACACCUCCUCGAAGACGGAAAAAGACAGUCACAGAGCCACCGGUGGUCUUGAAUAAUGUCGUACACAACAUGACCAGCCUAGAACGCCUUCGUAUGAUGACACAAUCGCUAAAUAACGCUGCCGGGCCGCCAGACUUUGUACCUCCUCCUCCACCAUCUUCAUCGGGCUCGGUCUACAGCACAGCUCCGUCGUCUAGGAGUGGGAGUGGACAUGGGCAACAGUUUACUGUAGCAAGCGUUGGAAGUAAUGGAAUGAUGUACCUGAGGCCCGUUAAUCGUCAGUUCCAAGACCCUUUCGUCGUCGCACCGGCAACUCCUCCAAAAACCGCUGAUCAGAAACAGUCUCUGUCGGAACUCCGAGAAGCACCAGAAGAAGGUCUUCAAAGCCCAGCGAUUCCAAACGUCGAGAUUACAAACACCUAUCCUCCCGUUCCGCCAAUUCCCUUGACUAUAGACACAUCCUCGAUACAUACUCCGAAAACCCCCAAAACUGCAUCUCCGCCUGAAUCACCCACUUGGCAGGCGCCGUUAAAAGCGCCGCCGUCUUCGCCUCCCUUACCGAAAGUAACACAGCAUCGGGCUAGGUCGUUGUCCAUAGUAGGGGAUCAUGCAAAAGCACCCCAGGAUAAAUCAGAUGGAGUUCCGUCGCGGCCUUUAACUGAGAAAUUUGAACCUCCUCCUCGUCCUAGAACGGCGGGACCUGUGGAAGUGCCACCAAUUCAUUUGGACGUACCGAUACCGCGGGGCACCCUCGGCUCGGCCAGCUUUUCGCCUUCAGGCACGCCUUUCAUAUUAGGAUCCAGUUUGCCACAAUCUAAUCUGACAGAGGGAAGAAAAACGGGCUCGUGGGGAAACAUGUACGGCGAUUUGAAGCUACCAUGGCUGUCUGUGCACGACAAAAGAAAACCGCCGCCAACGGCGUCUGGCAUAUCGUCCGCUAUCACAACCGCUCUCCCUAGCCCGGUCGCCCUGCAGGCGUCUGAACCGAUCAUGGCCGGAGGCCUGCAUAGCAUCAGACCCUCUAUCUUCGACAGUCUCUCCUUCAUUCCGCUCUGCGACGACCCUUCAAUUGUUCGAUAUGACGCUCGUACUCGCGAUAUCACUGCGGCAACUCCGCCACGAAUCAUAGCCCAGAUAACAUCAGCUGCGUUUCUCGAUUAUCAGUUUAUGUCCGACUUCUUUCUAACAUUUCGCGCAUUUAUGACACCUCAUGAUUUGGUCUUAUACCUUAUGGCACGUUUGAAAUGGGCGAUUGAUCGUGGUGACGAAAUCGGAAAAGUUGUAAGAGUGAGGACAUUCGUUGCGAUUCGACACUGGCUUCUUAAUUACUUUGCAGACGAUUACGUUCCAUCGAUGGAGCUACGAGAGAAGUUCGCAGGGUUGUUAAAUGAGCUCUCAGAUGACGUUUUCGCCCGACUUGGGAUGGAUAGGAGUAAUAUGAAUAUCAUUGCAGAGCUCAAAAAGUGCUGGAGAAAGGCGGCUGUUUUAUACUGGGACGGCAUACCAGGUGGGGUAAACGACAAUGAAGUGCAAAUUGACUCUCACAUCACACCGGGCGGAGAAGCAGGAACUCGUGAAGACCCGAGGUCACUCAAGGCAGCGUUUGAACAGGAUUGGUCCCGUAGAAAAGGAAAAGGCAGAGCUAGGGAUUCUAAGAGUAGUAUUAGAAGGCUCCCUGCUAGCUCUGCUUUCGCAUCAGGUGCGACGCAGAGGCUUAUUCGAGAUAUCAUAAACGCUGCACCUGCCGCACACCCUCUACCACGUCCAACACUAGCAAGAACCCAAGAUUCGAGUAGAAUUAUGCAAUCGAAGCCCAAACCGCGGCCAGUUAGCGAUAGUAGCAGUCUCUACGCCUACAGCAGCUUGAAUAGUACUACCGCAGCUGCUUUCCGGCCUGGCUCGCCUUCGAAAGGUUGGAAACCCCUCCUGCACUCCGGACAUCGAAAAAUAGACAAGCAUUCAUCCCACAAACGGAGUGGCUCUUAUAACGAAACAUCUCGCCAGAAUUGGAACCCACCGAAUCCUGCCGCAUUUCGACAGGCGGUAUCUCCCUAUACUUCAUACCCUCAUGCUGGCGAUUUAGUCCGCGGAAACUUGAAGCCCCCAACCACAGCUGUUGUAGAGCUGUUAGCCCCUUCCACACCGAACGACAGGAUGAGCGUGGAUCUCAAGAUGAACGGGAAAUCGAAGCACGGCCAACGGAAAGGUGGAUUGUCUGGUCCGAGUGUAAAACGGCUCUUUGUAAAUGUGAAGCGGGCAUUUAGUGGGCGGGCAGCUCCACCCAACGAUAAGAGCACUCCACCGCUCCCGACACAUCGUCGAGGGCCUUCGGAAGCUCUCGCAAAAUAUGUCGUAGAGAAGGGAAGGAAUGUCACAUUGACAGGGAUCCUCAGUCGGACCGAGUCGCUUGCCUCGGAGUCCCCCAGUGCGUCGGCAAGGAUAGACCUUCUCGGUGCCGGCGUGGUAGAGGCUUUCCAUAAUGCACUGCAGGAAGAAAUCAGGCUAACUAGCGUCACGCCGCUCGGAAGACCUGGUGAUGUCAACGCCAGUAAGCUGACUCUGACCAUUGGAAAGGCCCUAACAACCAUGCAGGAGACCCCGAGUCCUAAUGAAUCCAAAGGUAAAGGACGGGAGAUAGAGUCAAUGGACCCUUCUUCAAUUAGCGAGGAGGGAGACAUGGACGGGGCUAUAACACCAAAAGCAAAAUCGAAGGGAUUUUUCUCAAGAAGCAAGAGCUCAAGCUCGAGUACAGAGAACGGUAAAGACUUUAAGAAGGGCAAGAUGAAGAGUCAGCACAGUAAAUCCCCUUCAGCGGAUUGGGAAAUCAAUGGAAUUGCGAUGCCAUCGCCAUCAAGUCCACUGGAAAUUGAGAGAAACAGCUCAUUCUCAUACAUGACGCUCUCAAAAGGUCCACCUACGACAUAUCAACCGGGCCACCUUCACCAGUCUUCUAUUGACAGCUAUGACUCUGCAGUCACGGGCAAGUUUGUGCCAAGGAAUUUUUCACGACUCGGAAGUGUAAUUUCAAGUCAUAUACCCGAAUACGAACACCAUAUGGAGGAUGAAUCAGCCAUCAGCUCGCCAAAUCCGCAGUCUGUGGGCUCGCCAUUUGCCCGACCACCGAAUCGCAUGCUCAGGCGGAGACCAGGCGGUGGCGACCUCAAAGGCGCAGAAAGUAUCGGAGAUUUAGGCAGUCAUGCUCGACAACAGUCAGGAGCGACAUUAGAAACAAUCGAAACAUUUUCAGAUUCGACCAUGUCUAUUUGGCAAAAGCAUCCAGAGACAGAGAUGUACUCACAGCCAAACGCCCCACAUGCUGGAGUUUUGUCGCUUGGCGCUAUGACUAUGAAACCUGCGCCGAAGCCUGUGAGCCCAGACCACUAUGACGAUGAUGAAGAUGAUCACGGCCAGGGUGGGGGUGACUAUGGUGAGGAUGAUGAUGAUGAUGAUGACGAUGAUGACGAGACCGAUGACGGGAGUGAAGAGGUGACACGGGAAAACACUUUUGAGGCUGGAGUGCUAAAACUAGCUGAGAUGUCUGAUACUAUGAGUGAUGACGGCGGCGUCGAAGUCGCUUUAGCGAAGCUAGAAGGAACGUACAACCGGAAGCAGCUUGCACGGGCACUAUCAAUACAUAGAGAACGGGAGGCCGCAGCCGCAGCCGCAGCCGCUCUCGCUCUCGCAGAGGCAUCCUUCGAAGACGCUCCAUUCUCACCGCUGUUCUCGGAAGCACCAAUGAUCCAAGUCCAGGAGGAAGAAAUCGUGUCAGAAACUGAAUCAGAAGCCGAAUCGGAAUUCGAAUCAGAAUCCGGAUCCGAACGUCCAAAUACGCUAGCACCACCAGAACGGAAGAAACAACGAAAGAGACAAAUCAUUGACAACGACACUUUCACACCGCUGCCUAGCUCUGGCGCUAAUGGUUUGGGCAUCGACGAAGAUAGAAAUUCUGGGUUUCCGUUUGGGUUCGAGCCGAAAACGCAAUCCUUUUUAAUGCUCGAUCCCGAGCCGAAGACCCAAUCAUUCCUUCUUCUCGACUCAGACCCUGAGGAUGAAGAUGAUGAAGAUGAAGAGGAGGAUGAUGAAGAAGACGAAGAAGAAGAAGACGAUGACGAUGAUGAGGAUGAGGAAGAUGAGGAAGAUGAGGACGACGAUGAUAUGACGGACAAGGCUGAUACGCCUCCUGCCCGGAUAAUGUCCCCGGAGUCACAUAUGAUGUCCAUUCCGGAUACCAUUGAUGACCAUCAAACUAUCAGCCUGUCCGACAUCCAACGGGAACUCGAGGAUUUCCCAAGCCCAUCCAGACCGCGAAUUGAGGUCUCAGCUGUCGAAAUUGAUUCCGACAAUAUGAGUGAUCUCUCAUCAGAAAUUUCGAUCGACCCAACUCAUCAUCUUCCCCCGCGGCCCAUAAGCAUCUCAUCAACCGUGCUUCCGGGGCUCCAACCAUCCGUAAUGCUUGCAGAAGCCGGGGUCCCCUCGCACCCCAUGCGCCACCCCCCAAGUCCACCUCUCACGCUCGAUAGAGGGGCUUCAAAGUCUCCGGAACUUGAGCUCCCAACAGUUGAUAUGUCUACAAUCAUACCACCUGAAAGCAAGGUUGAUCCACUUGCCAUUAAGUAUAAGCCAAACAAACUGCGCAAGAUGGUAGAGUCUGGGGUCCAUGCGACCUCAAUCCACCUUCCUUUCAUUCUCGCAUACGAUUCUGAGCUCCUUGCGAAACAGUUUACUCUGAUUGAGAAGGACGCACUCACCGAGAUUGAUUGGAAGGAACUUGUGGAACUACGAUGGAAGCCUACAAGCAAACCAUUCAGAGACUGGGUCGAGUUCCUUAAGAACAAUGACGUCCGAGGAGUGGAGAUUGUGGUCGCCAGAUUUAACCUUAUGGUAAGCUGGGCCACUUCGGAAAUCGUCAUGACUCGAGAUAUAUAUGAGCGAUCUCGCUGUAUUACAAAGUAUAUUCACAUUGCCGCGCAUGCCCGUCGUCUUCAAAAUUUCGCAACUACCUAUCAACUCGUCAUUGCCCUCUUAAGUGCCGAUGUGACCCGUCUCAAAAAGACUUGGAGCCUUGUUACAGAAGCGGACAGAGCAACGUUCCGAGAGCUCGAGACUCUCGUACAACCUAACAUGAAUUAUCACAAUCUCCGCCGCGAAAUGGACCUCGUCACCGGCGAAUCCGGGUGUAUCCCCUUCGUUGGCCUUUUCACCCACGAUCUCAUUCAUACUGCAACAUUGACCUCCCAGGUAGCCGGCACCCCCAAUGGGCCAGCUUUGGUAAACUGGACAAAGUAUAAGAGAACUGCACAAAUUGUCAAGAAGUUACUAAGACUUGUUGAUGCGAGUGCAAAAUAUAACUUUUUGCCCAUUGAUGGGGUUUGCGAACGCUGUCUGUGGAUGGCAACGUUGACAAAGGACGAGAUUUCAUCUCUGAGUUUGGAGAUUGAGCCGCCGAGUGAGUUUAAGUAA